AUGGCAGGCUCCAACCUCCAGCCCCCGCCAGUCGAAGGCUGCGCCGUCACCUUCCCCCACCCUUACAUCCUCCUCCUAACCCUCUCGCGCCCGUCCCAAAUGAACUCCAUAACCCACACCAUGAACUGGUACAUCCAGAACCUCUUCGCCUGGUUCGACGCCGAGCCCUCUCUACGGGUAGCGGUGAUCACCGGCUCCGGCACGAAGGCGUUCUGUGCGGGUUCGGAUCUGAUUGAGAUUGAGGCGAGUCGGAAGAGUGCGUUGGAGGGCCAGGAUUUGAAGACCGCGCAGCCUUGGUUGCAUGAGCAUCCGAAGGGCGGGUUUGCGGGGGUGAGUCGACGGAGGGGGAAGAAGCCGAUGUUGUUGGCUGUAAAUGGGGUGGCGUUGGGGGGUGGGUUUGAGAUUGUUUUGAAUAGUGAUAUCGCAAUCGCAUCUCCCAAAGCACAAUUCGGACUCCCGGAAGCGCAGGUGGGAGUCUACGCUUACGGCGGAGGUCUUCCUCGCCUCGUUCGAGCAGUGGGCAUGCAAGCAGCCAGCGACAUCGCCUUGACCGGUCGGCGGAUAUCAGCUCAAGAAGCACUCGAUCUCCGCCUUAUUUCAGGCAUCGCCAAGUCUCCAGAAAGCGUCCUUGAAGAGACGAUGGAGAAGGCCAAGCAGAUUGCAGCCAUCUCCCCUGAUGGAGUCAUUGUAACGAGAGAUGCUUUGCGAGAGGCGUGGGAGACGGCGAGUGUGGAGAGGGCUUUUCAGAUCACGCAUGAUAGUUAUUUUGAUAAGUUGAUGCGGAGUGAGAAUUCGGGGGAAGGAUUGUCCGCAUUCAGGGAGAAGAGGAAGCCGAAGUGGAAGGGGUCGAAGCUGUGA